CAACCGCCAUCCCCUUGCCAAUGCCAUCCCUCGUCUCUUUUCGACAGCGGACAUCUGCUGUCCUUUCCAACUCCAACAACUCGUUAAUCGCUCGUCAAACGCAAAUAGGCAGAGCUACGGUCCGUUUUUAGUCCGGACCCUCACUUUUGAGCAAGACUUCGUGAACGCUAUCAAGUUAGUUUGCAUGAACAGCGUUGAAUAACAAUACUUCAACUCUCUAGUUGCUUUCUUGUCGCUUUCCGAGGAUGGUAACAAAGUUAUUGAACCUCAAUUGAACCUGGUCCUUUUGAGAUACGGUCUUCAAAACCGCGUAAUCACGCCACGACCUCCGGAUACCCGAUCUGUCGAAUCUCGAUGUCUACCAGGUACCGCUUCCAAUAUUUAAGCCACACUUCUUCUGAUACUAGAAUCUCAGCUUCCCUUCCAUUCCCGGUUGAAGUAACCGAGGCCAUUCUCUCUAAUGCAACCUUCUUCCGCUGAAGUUGACAACGCCGAGAAGGGUGUGAAUACCCCCUCGGAACACGCUCCUGUUCAACUCACCAGACUAUCUGUGUCCAUCACGCCUGGCAGUGGGCCCGUUAUCAUCAAGUCGGAGCACGAGAAGACCAACUUGAAGGAGCUUGCCAUCAAACAGUCUGCACCUAAACCGUCCCAAUCGAAGCGAAAGGCCAGCCGCUGGAUCCAAUUCAGCCUUUGGUAUAAUACAUACCGCAAGUUCUUCACCUUCGUUGUAUCGCUUAACAUUGUCGGUCUCGUCCUUGCUGCUAUCGGAACAUGGCACUACGCGCGCCAGUACACCGGCGCUCUCGUACUGGGGAACCUCUUCGCCGCCGUCCUAGUCCGUAACGAGCUAUUCGGGCGGUUCCUGUAUCUUUUCGUCAACACCUUCUUUGCAAAGUGGCCUCCCCUUUGGUUCCGACUAGGAUGCACCUCCGUCCUCCAACAUCUGGGCGGGAUACACUCCGGCUGUGCGAUCUCUGGCUUCAUGUGGCUCAUCUUCAAGCUUGUCCUCAUCUUCUCUGAUCACAAGAACAAUCACAGCGCUGUGUUGGCAAUGAGUAUACUUACGACUCUCGCGGUUGUCGUUGCUAUUGUAUCGGGACUGCCUUGGGUCCGGAACACACAUCACAAUGUUUUCGAGCGUCAUCAUCGGUUCUCUGGAUGGGUUGGAGUAAUCUUCACCUGGGUGUUCGUUGUCCUUGGGGACCUUUACGAUCUGGACACACAUUCAUGGAAGACUGAUGGCGUGAGGGUGGUUGCGCAACAGGACUUUUGGUUUGUCCUUGGGAUGACUGUUUUCAUUGCCAUCCCUUGGUUUACGGUCCGGAAAGUCCCAGUCGAAGUUGAAAUCCCGUCCCCAAAGGUGGUCAUACUCAAAUUCGAGCGUGGAAUGCAACAAGGUCUUCUUGCCCGAAUCUCGCGGAGUAGCGUCUUGGAAUACCAUGCUUUCGGAAUCAUCUCUGAGGGUAUUAAAUCCGGGAAGCAUUACUUGAUCUGUGGAGUUCAAGGUGAUUUCACGAAAGGACUGGUCAGCAAUCCCCCGACACACAUAUGGACGCGUCAGAUGAAGUUCGCCGGCGUAUCAAACACAUCUGCCAUAUACAAGCGAGGUAUUCGUGUUUGUACAGGGACGGGACUUGGUGCAGCGUUGUCUACGUGUCUACAGAGCCCUAAUUGGUUUCUGAUUUGGAUAGGGUCAGAUCAAGAGAAGACGUUUGGACCAACGAUCUCGGGCCUUAUACGCGAGAAUUUGCAAGGACGCGUGAUCCUUUGGGACUCUAAACAGAGAGGUGGGCGACCUGAUACGAUGAAGCUAAUCAAGGAGACGUAUAAGGCGUGGGAUGCGGAAAUCGUGUUCAUCACUUCGAAUUGGACAGGAAAUAAAGAGAUGAUGGAGGGGUGUAAGCAAGCAAACAUACCAGCAUUUGGAACGCUGUGGGACUUUUAG